AUGAGUAAAUUAAAGACAUCAGAGGUCAUAAAUAACUUAUUUGACAUUAAUCAUGAGCUGAUGGUAAAGUUUAAGAAAUACAUGGAACUGAAGAAUAUUAGUAAAGCUGUCGAAAGCACAAAAUAUUCAAAAAUGGAAGAUCUUUCACAAACAAAACUUUCGUGUAUAGAGAUUUAUUUAAAUCUUGAGGAGCUUGAAGGAAGGAACAAGUCAAUUAGGGAAAAAUUUAGUACGAUCGAUGAAUUUCUUAGAGAAAAGUCGAAAAUGAUUUGUGAAGAAGCCAAGAUGAUAUUUGGACAUUUGGGAUUAAGGAUCAACGUGACUGAGUUUGAAGACAGACCUUCUUUGAUGGAAGUUUUAUUUGAAUUCUCUAAUGACCACAGCUGCUACGUUAAAUUAAUUUAUGAUAUAGAUACUGAUGACUAUGACUUGCUCGAGAUGGUUCCAGUCCAAAAGAAUUUUAAUGACAUUAAAGGAUUUUUGAGGAGUAGUGGCGAUAUUCAAGGGUUGAUAUAUACUUUUUGGAGUUGCAAUAGAACAAAUAUAAAUAUAUCCAACAUAAGUGACGACAGGUCCAGUCUCAUGGAAUAA